GCGGUCCUCAUUGGGUGGGGGAAGAACCACGGGAACCAGAGCCUGCGUAGGUCAAAAGACGUCAUCACGCACAUAUCCGAACUGUCCUUGAAGCCACAACACAGACAAGAUGGUCGCAUACUGGAGACAGGCAGGCAUAAGCUACAUCCGCUUCUCCGCUAUCUGCGCUAACGCGGUGCGCGCUGCGCUGAAGCCGCAGCCAAGGAUUGAAGCUAUGAAGGUCGCAGAAGCCAGCGUCAAAGUCUUAAAACCCAAAGUUGCAGCAUAGCGAUGUGACACUAUGAUGUAGUUAACUUUUCUGGAGUUGUGAGGUCCUGUCACUAUCCUGUCCACCACCGAGAAUGGAAAAAAGAUGGAUGUUACCAAGAUGACUUGUUAGAACGGGGACCCGAAUGAAAUUACAGUUUUUCCCUUUUAUUUGUAAUUUAAAAUUGUAUUAAAGAUGAAUAUCUGAAAUGCA